AUGGCGCAGCUGCUUGCCGGCGCGUGGACGAUGCACGCCCACGGCAUCGAGCACCGCGACCUGAAGCCCGGGAACGUGCUCGUAGGGGAGCACGGCCGCCGGCUCAAGAUCUGCGACCUCGGCCUCGCCAGGUCCGCGGCCGCGCCGCUGCCGGACGCGCAGAAGGUGGAUGGCACGAUCGGGUACAUCGCGCCCGAGGUGCUCCUGUGUGAGAAGGACUGCGGCGCGGCCGUCGACAUGGGCGCUUGGCUGAUCACCAUCGUCGACCUCCUAGGAAUCCCCGACGACGUGUCGUUGAUGCCGCUGGGCAUCGACGCCGCGGCGCCAAGCAAGCUGCGGGACAAGGUGCCGGAGGAGCGGCUGUCGGCGGCGGGCUUCAAUGUCCUGCGCGGCCUGCUGCAAUACGACCCCAAGGACAGGCUCACCGCCGCGGCGCUGCGGAUGCCAUGGUUCACACCCAUGGAUGACUGA